AUGGCCCCCGCGGCCGCCCCGCGUAGCCUCCUGGUUCUCCUGCAGGUGCUGGGGCUCGCCCUGGCGCAGAUCAGAGGUCCGCCAGGAGAGCCGGGGCCUCCGGGGCCCCCAGGGCCACCGGGAGUGCCUGGAUCCGACGGAAUCGACGGUGACAAAGGGCCCCCUGGGAAAGCUGGCCCUCCGGGACCUAAGGGAGAGCCUGGCAAACCGGGAACAGAUGGGCCAGACGGGAAGCCCGGGAUUGAUGGUCUAACUGGAGCCAAGGGGGAGCCCGGUCCUGCAGGGAUCCCAGGAGUCAAGGGCCAGCCUGGGCUCCCAGGUCCCCCCGGCCUGCCAGGCCCUGGCUUCGCCGGACCUCCUGGACCACCUGGACCUGUUGGCCUCCCUGGUGAGAUUGGACUCACAGGCCCCAAGGGGGAUCCUGGACCAGAGGGACCAUCAGGGCCUCCGGGACCCCCUGGGAAACCGGGCCGCCCUGGAACCAUUCAGGGUCUGGAAGGCAGCGCGGAUUUCCUGUGUCCAACCAACUGUCCAGCGGGCGUGAAAGGGCCCCCAGGGCUGCAGGGCGUGAAGGGGCAUCCAGGCAGACGCGGGCUUCUGGGAGAUUCCGGCCGCCAGGGGAAGCCGGGUCCCAAGGGAGAUGUGGGUGCCUCUGGAGAGCAAGGCAUCCCUGGACCACCGGGUCCCCAGGGCGUCAGGGGCUACCCAGGCAUGGCGGGACCCAAAGGAGAGAUGGGCCCUCAGGGGUACAAAGGCAUGGUGGGCUCCAUCGGCGCCGCCGGGUCACCUGGUGAGGAAGGUCCGCGGGGACCACCGGGCCGAGCUGGAGAGAAGGGUGAUGUGGGGAGCCCAGGAGUUCGAGGACCCCAGGGACUAACAGGCCCAAAGGGAGCAACCGGACCCCCAGGCAUUGACGGCAAGGACGGGACCCCAGGCACACCUGGAGUGAAGGGCAGUGCAGGACAGGUGGGGCGGCCGGGAAACCCAGGCCACCAGGGCCUAGCGGGUGUGCCUGGUAUGCCUGGGACAAAAGGAGGCCCUGGGGACAAGGGUGAGCCAGGCCGGCAGGGCUUCCCUGGAGUCUCCGGGCCCCCCGGGAAGGAGGGAGAACCAGGGCCUCGAGGAGAAAUCGGUCCCCAGGGCAUCAUGGGGCAGAAGGGUGACCACGGUGAGAGGGGGCCAGUGGGGCAGCCAGGCCCUCAAGGUCGGCAGGGCCCCAAAGGGGAACAGGGUCCUCCCGGAAUUCCAGGGCCCCAAGGCUUGCCAGGCAUCAAGGGAGACAAGGGUUCCCCAGGGAAGACAGGGCCCCGCGGUGGAGUGGGCGACCCGGGGGUGGCUGGCCUCCCCGGAGAGAAAGGAGAGAAGGGCGAGUCGGGCGAGCCGGGACCCAAAGGACAGCAAGGAGUCCGCGGAGAACCUGGCUACCCCGGCCCCAGCGGAGAUGCGGGAGCCCCGGGGGUGCAGGGCUACCCGGGGCCUCCGGGCCCUCGCGGACUGGUUGGAGACCGAGGCUUGCCGGGACAGCCCGGGAGGCAGGGCGUGGCGGGCCGAGAUGCUAGUGACCAGCACAUCGAGGACGUGGUGCUGAAGAUGCUGCAAGAGCAACUGGCAGAAAUGGCUGUGAGUGCCAAGAGGGAGGCCCUGGGUGCGACUGGGAUGAUGGGUCCUCCAGGACCCCCUGGGCCUCCUGGGUACCCGGGAAAACAGGGACCCCAUGGGCACCCUGGCCCUCGGGGCGUUCCUGGCAUCGUGGGAGCCGUGGGUCAGAUUGGCAACACCGGGCCCAAGGGAAAACGUGGAGAGAAGGGUGAUCAGGGAGAAGUUGGCCGUGGGCACCCCGGGAUGCCUGGGCCCCCGGGGAUCCCAGGACUGCCUGGCCGGCCUGGUCAGGCAAUCAAUGGCAAAGAUGGAGAUCGAGGGGCUCCAGGGGCCCCAGGAGAGGCAGGUCGACCUGGCCUGCCAGGCCCCGUGGGGCUGCCAGGCUUCUGUGAACCUGCAGCCUGCCUUGGAGCCUCAGCCUACGCCUCUGCACGCCUCACGGAGCCUGGAUCCAUCAAAGGGCCAUGA